AUGACGGCUGAGCCGUUUGUGCUUCGAUGGGGGAUCAUGGCCACCGGGGCCAUGUCCGAAUACCCAGCGACGCGCGGCGUCGGCGACGUCGCGCACGAGAUCGCCGCGGUCUCGUCCUCCAAGGACCCCCGACGAGCCCUCGACUUCCUCGGCCGCAUCGGCCACCCCGCCCCGGCCGGCGUCGCGACCUACGGCUCCUACGCGCAACUCGUCCGGGACCCCGGCGUCGACGUCGUCUACGUCGCGACCCCGCACAGCCACCACUUCCAAAACGCCAUGCUCGCCCUGCGGGCCGGCAAGAACGUCCUCUGCGAGAAGCCCCUGACCGUCACCGCGGAGCAGGCCCGGCGGCUGUACGCGACGGCCCGCGAGAGGGGGCUGUUCCUCCUGGAAGGCGUCUGGACGCGGUUCUUCCCGCUGAGCGCCGAGAUCCGCCGGCUCGUCGGCGCCGGCGCCAUCGGGAAGGUGUACCGCGUCACGGCGGACCUGUCGCGGGCGAACGGCAGCAAGGAGCCCGGGAGCGCGAGGCUCGGCUACGACGACUCGCACAGGAUGGUCAACCCGGACCUGGCCGGCGGCGUGCUGCUCGGCCUCGGCGUCUACCCGCUCACCUGGGUCUUCCAGAUCCUGUACCACAUGCAGCCCGAGGCCGUCAAGGAGAGGCCGCAGGUCCUGUCCACGGUACAGAAGUACGCCACGGGAAUCGACGAGUCCGCCACCGUCGUCCUCAACUUCCCGGAGCACGGCACGAUGGGCAUAGCCACCUCGUCCCUCCGAGUGGCGACCGACCCGGGGAGCUCAGGGAUGCCGGCCGUCCGCAUCCAAGGCUCGGCCGGCGAGAUCCAGGUCGAACACCCGGCUUACAAGCCGCUCUCGUUCAAGGUGAUCAGGACGGCGGGCGACGGCGCCGAGGUGGAGGUGGUUGAGUGCCCUCAGCCGCAAGAUCCGGGCAGGGCUUGGGGCAACGGCACGUUCUGGGAGGCGGACGAGAGCGCACGCUGCAUACGAGACGGUAAGCUGGAGAGCGAGACCAUGCCCUGGUCGGAGAGCGUCCUCGUCAUGGAGACCAUGGAACAGGUGCUGCGGGAGGCGGCCGUCACGUAUCCUGACUUGAUAGCCAGCCACGAAUUCGACGUCGAUAGCCCGCUCAACACCGGGAAGUGA